AUGAGGCGCCACUCAAAGGGCCGGGAACCCCGCGCAGCUCCAUUUGCUUCGAAAGAUGGCCUCUCUUCUAUGUUUUCUCGAGUCCCGCUCCUUCAUGGCGUCUCUUCGGUCGAGGAGUCUCUGCAGAACUUAACAAUGGGUGAUCAUAUCCCGGGGCUUCUUAUUCCAAUUGAGAGCAAUCUUGACGCAUCGUGCACCUCCCUUUAUGGUUCAUCAGGAAGCGAGGAAGGCUUACAUUCACCUUCAGCUGUCCAGAGACAGGCACGAAGAAACUCCAGAGCCACAAAGCCUCCGUGUGUUGAUUCAGCUGGUACCCUACCUACCGAAUGCCACCUCCCUGUAUACCCUACGCAGUCCGAGGAAGAAAUUACAUCUGCCCUUGGGCUAAUCUCAGAGAGUGUCUCUCAGCAACGAAUACUGGCCGUCAGAGCCAUCAUUUCACACCCCGCAGUGAUUGCGGCUGGAAUAUUAUUUUUCUUAUCGAGUUCUAAAUUUAUUUACUCGGGUUCGCCCGCUGACCUUAUCCUAAUCCUCAGCGUCUGGACGUUGAGCCUCCUCGUUCUGAUCCUGGUGAUCCGCUUUAUGGUCAAGGGCUAUAUGGUCCAAAUCCGGCAGACUCGGGAUACUAAGUGGCUUUCACAAGACUCUGUUCAUGGCCUAUCACAUAGACGCGAUGAGGUAUUCAUUGCUCGGGACCCCAACACUGGCAACGGCGAUGAAGGUGGAGAUAUCGUUGGUGUCCUUGUUAUGAGGAUCUGUAAGACUGUUACCGACGCCAGUACACCGGGUGUACGACCACGGUCAACUAGACGGAAGAGCUCUGCUAGAUGGACGGGUAUAAUUCGUGCAUGGACGGUUCGACAGUCCGCUAGAUCAAACGGAGUGGGCACAAGGUUACUGGAAGCAGCCAUCGCUAACUGUCGACUUCGGACCCUGGAUGGUCCCAUGUUUGCUGACGAUCAUGCCCAUUCGAAGCGCUUUUUACCAGGGAUGUUUAAUAUCGGUUUUGAUAAGCAAGAUGCAUGGGCACGGAGCUUUCUGGAGCACACUGUUAUGAAGGAAAGGAACAAGUAA